UUUCGACUGCCCCUUGACUGUAAUUUGUCACUACAGGCACAAGAACAUAUCGCUCUUUACUUUGAUGUUCCCCAAUUCCAUUUACGACGAGAAUAUUGUUCACAUCCUUUACCAUGACUUCUUCUUCUGUCGGGAAAACCUGGUGGAAAGAGGCCGUCAUUUACCAGAUUUAUCCCGCUAGCUUCCUCGACAGCGACGGUGAUGGGCUUGGGGACAUUCCCGGUAUUAUCAGUAAGGUACCUUAUAUCAAGUCUCUAGGAGUAGACGGGAUAUGGCUCUCCCCGAUCUUUGCUUCACCUCAAAAAGACAUGGGUUAUGAUGUCGCCGACUACCGCUCCAUCCACGCCCCUUACGGCACCGUCGAGGACGUCGAAGAGUUGAUCAGCCAGCUUCACGCACAUGAUAUGCGUAUCCUCAUGGACCUUGUCGUCAAUCACACAAGCGACCAGCAUUCGUGGUUCAAAGAGUCCCGCAGCUCCCGAACGAACGCCAAACGUGACUGGUACAUCUGGCGUGAUCCUAAAUAUGAUGCCCAGGGCAACCGGAAGGAGCCCAACAAUUGGAAAUCUAUGUUCGGUGGUAGUGCAUGGGCCUUUGACGAGCCUACCGGCCAGUACUAUCUCGCACUCUUUCUGCCCAGCCAGCCCGAUCUCAACUGGGAAAACGCAGCCAUGCGCAGAGCCACCCAAGAUGACAUGCGCUUCUGGCUCGAUCGAGGGGUGGAUGGGUUUCGCAUCGACAGCAUGAAUCUGAUGUCCAAGCACCCCGAUCUCCCGGAUGGUAAGAUCGUCAAUGACGGGCCCUACCAAUCCGGCGCCGAAUAUUUUGCUUCCGGACCGAAAAUGCAUGAUUAUAUCCGCGAAAUGAGAACAGAAGUCUUUGAUAUGUACGACGUGAUGACGGUUGGGGAGCUUGGCUUCAUCAAGGACGAAAGGUCGGUCAGCGAGUAUGUCGCCCAAGAUCGACAUGAGCUGAACAUGCUCUUCACUGGCGACAUUGUGGACAUAGACUUCGGACCGAACGCAAAGUACGAGCGAAAUGAUUUUCAUCCCCGAAAGAUCCGCAAAAUUACUAAUCUUUGGCAAACUACCAUGCCAAAGGUUGGAGGGUGGAACACCGUCUAUCUCGAUAAUCAUGAUAGUGGCCGCUCGCUCUCUCGAUAUGCCUCUGACCUCCCUGAACACCGCUCAACUGCGGCGACAAUGCUGGCAACUUACCUAACUACUUUGAGUGGCACCCCCUUCAUACUUGCUGGCCAAGAGAUCGGCAUGGCGAAUCUGAGCAAGGAUUAUGGUAUCGACGCAUACAUCGAUGUGGAGGGACGGAACUACUACAUGGAAGUACUAAAAGCAAGGGGCGGCGAUAUUUCCAGCAUGGAUGAUGUCCUACGGGAGCUGCAACGGAAGUCAAGGGAUCACGGACGACUGCCGAUGCAAUGGGACAACUCGCCUAAUGCUGGCUUCACUAGGGCUGAAUCUAGGCCAUGGAUGACCAUUAACAAAGACUACGGUGAAUGGAACGUUGCCAGUCAGCUCGAGGACCCCAACAGCAUCCUGGCCUACUGGAAACGCAUGCUUGCGUUGCGAAAAGAAUACUCUGAUCUUUUCGUCUAUGGAUCCUUCUGUGCCCUGGAAGAAACUGAAACGGGUGAGAUGGUUCUAGGGUAUGAGCGCAGCUGGAGCGAGGCGAAGAAGAGGGCCGUGGUGUUGUUGAAUUUUUCUGAUCAAACCCACGCGGUCCCUGUCAGAAGAUGUGAAUCGACUGAUUAA